UUCUCAAGCAAACUCAUCUCACAACUAAAUAUUACGAGCAAAGAUCAGUGAAAAUAUGGGUAAUCACAAAAGUCUCUUCUUUCUAUGUUUCUUAAUAGGUUUAGGGUUAUGUUCUGCUAGACGAUCACUUCUCUCAUUCUCUGAAUCCGAGGCUGAAGUCGCUGCCUAUGGUGUGAAAAGUGGUUUAAGUGCUGGUCUUGGUGUUGGUAUUGGUGGUGGCGGUGGAGAAGGUGGUGGUGCUGGCUACGGAGGAGCUGAAGGUAUUGGCGGAGGUGGAGGCGGUGGACAUGGUGGUGGUGCUGGGGGAGGUGGCGGGGGUGGUCCUGGAGGAGGAUCUGGUUACGGAGGUGGGGGUGGUGAAGGUGGAGGAGCUGGUGGGUAUGGCGGUGGACAUAUUGGUGGAGGAGGAGGCGGUGGACACGGUGCUGGGGGAGGAGGAGGUGGUGGUCCUGGAGGAGGCUACGGAGGUGGAAGCGGUGAAGGUGGUGGAGCUGGAUACGGAGGCGGAGAAGCUGGUGGGCAUGGUGGAGGAGGAGGAAGCGGAGCCGGGGGUGGGGGAGGAGGGGGUGGUGCACAUGGUGGAGGGUAUGGUGGUGGACAAGGAGGUGGUGCUGGAGGAGGGUAUGGAGGGGGAGGUGCGGGUGCCGGUGGACAUGGUGGAGGCGGUGGAAAUGGUGGCGGAGGAGGAGGGGGUUCUGGCGAAGGAGGAGCUCACGGUGGUGGUUAUGGAGCAGGGGGUGGAGCUGGAGAGGGAUAUGGUGGUGGUGCAGGAGCAGGUGGACAUGGUGGCGGAGGAGGAGGCGGUGGUGGUGCAGGAGGUGGAGGAGGAGGCGGUGGAGGUUAUGCUGCAGCUUCUGGAUAUGGUCACGGUGGGGGUGCUGGUGGAGGAGAAGGCAGCGGUGGCUAUGCACCAUGAAGAUUAAUAUCUUACAUGGAUCGUGUAAUUGAGUGAAGUGUCGACAUUUCUCGUAAGAGACUACAAAGUUUCAAUAUAUAUAUGGGGCAAUAAAUAGACUAAUAUUUUGUAUAAAUAAGCCGUAAAAAGGCGGCUAUUGCUGAAGUUAUAAAAUUGUAUCCAUGUUGUAAGCUACUUCGUAUCGUGUGUGUCAAGUUUUAUAAAAGGAGAAUCAUAUAUAGUAGUUGUUGUCAACUCAUAAGUUCAACAAUAUAUGUACAUCUGAGUUACCCGGUCA